GUUGAAGAGGGUGGUGCCUUUCCCCCCUCUUUUAGUGUUAUCCUACUAACCAAUAAAAUUAUACGGAGUAUAUAAAAGAAUUGUGCAUUCAUAUACUAGUACAACUUUUUGGUAGAAUAUCAAUUUUAGAAUGUACUACGUAUAUUAUUAAACUUGAAAGGGAUGGUUAUUUUUGGGAAGAGUUUUUUCCACUUUUGAUCCCCGACUUUAGUGGUUGGGACUAUUUUAGUCCCCGUCUUUUGUUUUUCCCAGAUUUGGUGCACAAGUAUUGAAUAUUUCCCAGUUUUGGUCCUCCGAUUGAUUUUUCCGGCCAACUGCGUAGUAAAGAUACACAGGUGUGAUACAACAAUAGUAAGGAUUACAUAUAUCUAUCAAGUUUAUCCUUUUAAAAAGAGUAAAGACCAUCAUAGCAUUUCAUACAAACUGAAGGAAAGGCAGUAGGUUUUGGGAUUAAUAGCUAAUAACGGGGAUGGAUGUGAGUAGAAGGAAAGGACUGUUUUGUAUAGGUGGCCGGAAAAAUCAACCGGAGGAUCAAAACUGGGAAUUAUUCCAUAGUUGUGCACCAAAUCUGGGAAAAACAAAAGGCGGAGACUAAAAUUGUCCAGGCCACUAAAGUCAGGGGACCAAAAGUGGAAAAAACUCUUUUUGGGAAGGUGAAAGUGGUGGGCAGUUUUCUGUCAAGAGUUGCUAUAGAAGAUUGAUUAGGGAAUGGUAGGCCAAGGUUGGUGUGGUUGUAUGAAGGUUUGGAGAUGAUGGGAUGUCUACCACUGGUAGCAACCUUCGUAGCAGGGGAGUGGAGCAAUAUCAGGUAUGUACUAUUUGCAACAAUGAGGAGGAGAGUACUGAUCAUGUUUUAAGAGUUGCUCCAAAGCAAAGAAAAUUUGGCAGCAUAUGGGACAACGAUUUUGUAGGGGUGAGAACUGUUUUGAAGACUGGGUCAAGUCUUUUUACGAAGGGAUGGAUGAAGGAGGAUGUUGUCGUUGGAUCAUGGGCAUGUGGAGCAUUUGGAAGAGGAGAAAUGAUGUGGUGUGGAAGAAUAUCCAGCGAGGUGAGAUAAGUGUUGUAAGUGUGCAGAUGUGACGUACCAGGGAUUCAAAGAGGUACAAAUUAAAUGCACUAGUAAGAGGAGGCAGACAUAUAUUGCGGUAGUAGCACGUUGGGCUAGACUGAAGCCUAGGGAUGGACCCGGGCGGGCUUUUUUUGCAAAAUGUUGGGCCCGGAACCGGCCCGGGUUGAUACCGGAUCCGGGCCUAACCGGGCUGGGCCGGACCGGGCCCGGGUCAAGUUCAAUUUUUUUUUUGGGUUUCUAAUCAACACCCGACCCCCCCCCCCUCACCCCCAUCCCCCAAACCCCCCCAAAACACCCAACCCUAACCUAGAAAAGCAAAAAAAAAUUGAAAAAACAAAAAAAAAAUGAACCGGGCCUGGCCCGAACCACCCGGGCCGGUUCACCAAAAGUUGGGCCCGAGCCCAGCCCGCCCGACCCACCCAAAUGGACUAAAAGCCUGGAACCGACCAACCGGUCCCGGUCCGGGCCCAAACAGUAACGGGCCGGGCCGGUUCCAGGUCGGGCCGGCCCAAUUUAGUCCAUCCCUACCGAAGCCAGGCUGUGUAAAAAUUAAUGUGGAUGCGAUGGUUAAUUCGAGGCAAGGAAUCCGUUCUUCGGGGAUGCUAGCACACGAUGAAAAUGCUGAGUUUCUACCGAGAAGAAGUGGAAUAAAAUAUGCUGAGUGGACAACCAAGGAGUAAGAAGCCGAAGGGCUUCAAGCAGCAAUAUUAUGGGCUAUCCAAGUGGGCUGGCUACAAGUUGAAAUAGAGACGGAUGCUUUGACUGUGGUUCAAGGAAUAGGUGAUCAAUAUGGGAUUCCUCCUAUCAUGAAUUCAUGAGUUAGUAUUGAUGGAUAUCAAAUUCUUAUUUUCUCGAUACGAGAAUUUUAAAGUUAUUUUUUGUAAGCGUUCUGCAAACCGUGUUGCUCACACACUUGCUAAAACAACCGGUUCAAGAUCAAAGGCUUGGGUGGAGUACGAGUCCAUUCCUCAUUGUAUCGCAAGCCAAGCGGCUAAUGAGAUGAUUGAGUGAUGAAGUUUUAGUUUACCAUCAAAAAAAAAUUAAAGGGUGC